AUGGAGCCCCCGAUCCCACAGAGCGUCCCCUUGACUCCCAGCUCAGUCAUGGUCCAGCCCCUACUGGACAGCCGUACGGCCCACAGCCGGCUCCAGCACCCUCUCACCAUCCUUCCCAUCGACCAGAUGAAGACCAGCCACGUGGAGAACGACUACAUCGACAACCCUGGCCUGGCACCCCCCUCUGGCCCCAAGCGGACCCGGGGUGGAGCCCCAGAGCUGGCCCCAGCCCCGGCCCGCUGUGACCAGGACGUCACCCACCACUGGAUCUCCUUCAGCGGGCGCCCGAGCUCUGUGAGCAGCAGCAGCAGCACGUCCUCCGACCAGCGCCUCUUAGACCACAUGGCGCCCCCACCCGUGGCUGAUCAGGCCUCCCCGAGGGCUGUGCGCAUCCAGCCCAAGGCCAUCCACUGCAAGCCACUGGACCUCAAGGGCCCCGCUGGGCCCCCAGAGCUGGACAAGCACUUCUUGCUGUGCGAGGCCUGCGGGAAGUGUAAGUGCAAGGAGUGCGCGUCCCCCCGGACGUUGCCCUCCUGCUGGGUCUGCAACCAGGAGUGCCUGUGCUCAGCGCAGACGCUGGUCAACUAUGGCACCUGCAUGUGCCUGGUGCAGGGCAUCUUCUACCACUGCACCAACGAGGACGAUGAGGGCUCCUGCGCCGACCACCCCUGCUCCUGCUCCCGCUCAAACUGCUGUGCCCGUUGGUCCUUCAUGGGGGCCCUGUCCCUGGUGCUGCCCUGUCUGCUCUGCUACCUGCCCGCCACUGGCUGUGUGAAGCUGGCCCAGCGCGGCUACGACCACCUGCGCCGCCCUGGGUGCCGCUGCAAGCACACGAACAGUGUCAUCUGCAAGGCGGCCGCCGGGGAUGCCAAGGCCAGCAGACCCGACAAGCCUUUCUGA